AAAGUAAAAAGCAAUAAAUUGUUAUGUUUUAUUUAGAUUUGAAUACUCAUAGCUGAUUUUGCCAGACAGGAAAACCUUUAGGACAGUGAACAAUUUUGCGCAGUGUAAUUGGAUAUAGCACGAACGUUUUAGCCCACAUUGUUCAUCCACUUAUCGUGCUAUAAGGACGCGUUCUUGGUUUCUUAUCAAAUGAUAACAACCGGGAUGAACUGGGAAGGUCAUCUAUGUAUGGGAAUGCUUGAUGAAAUAAACCGUUUAACAAAGAGGACUUUAAUCCUGCCAGACAUCAGCCCUGAGUUAAUUAACAACCUAGCGCAUAAACAACGAGCGGGAGCCAGCCAUAAAAACCUUUAUUGAUCUCAGAGCAAGAUGCCUAGAGGUCCAAAGCCCAAAGGAACGGAGAGGGGUUCCGACAAGUGCAAUCGCAUUAAUUUAAAAAUAACAGCUGUUAUUUGUUUACUAGCAAACUUGAUCCUAACGUUGACAUUCCUCGUUCUUAUAAUAGUCCGGGCUGUUGUAAGUUCAUCUUUAACAAUGCCCCAAGAAAGCUUAACAUGUUUUCCAUGCGACACAAUGAAGUCCAAUGCAAACACAAACCUUAGACCAGCAGCUACAGGCCAUUCAGCUAUCAAACAGAGAGACAAUGGAAUGUGUUGCGGACCUGUUGAAAGCAUAACUCAGAUGUUCUUUCAAACGGAAAUGGCUGCUCAGUAUCCUUACAGCAGUUCCGGUCAAAGUCUCAUUGACAUAGCGGAAGAGUAUGCUGACUGUGAACGACAAACAGACGACAAUAAGCCAAUUGCUAAAGCCGUUGGAAUUGUGGAGUUUAAACCAAGCUACACUAUUCAGGGUCAUCACAAAAUCCUGUGGAAUAAAAACGGUCGAACAUUUAACGCAAAUAAUUGCAUUCACUUGGAACUCGAAGGCGAGCUAUUCAUCAGGCUGCCUGGCUACUACAUCGUUUCUUCGCAGCUGAAUCUACAGCGACCAAAUGAGACCGACACACCGAUAAAUGAAACCAGACCAACGACUUUCAUUCAUCAUGUUGAUCUGCUUUCACACAAAUAUGGCACGACUGGGGUAUUAAUGCAAACGAAGAAGUCAAUUGAAAGAAAUGGUGUAUACUUCACAAGUUUCAUAUCGGCAGUUUUUAAGCUGAACAAAUAUGACAGGCUCUCUGUUUCUAUAUCCCAACCUGAACUGUUAGACAUUGACAAUGUUAAUGAUCAUUUUCUGGUUUAUUACACUUAUGAUAUGCAAUUCUGAAAUACGAUUCAUUUUCUACUACUACUACUACUAAUACUACUACUACUACUACAACUACUACUACUACUACUACUACUACUACUACUACUACUACUACUACUACUACUACUACCACCACCACCACCACCACCACCACCACCACCACCACCACCACCACUACUACUACUUCUACUACUACUACUACAACGUAUAAUUAUAAUGUUAAUAAAAAUAAUUUUAAUAAUUAUGUAAUUAUUAUGAUAAUAAUAAUAACUUUACAUUACGAAGACAACGCAUUAAGGUAUCAUUAGUAAUGUCUUACAAUGUGGUCUUCAACUAUGACAAAAUAUAGAUUAUUAACAUUAUAUUAACAUUCAUGGUAGAAGCUAUUUAAGUUAGUUGGUAUGUAGUGUUUAAUGUCUGUGCAUAUUGUACUUAUACAUUUACAUUCCAGUUGGACUUCCUUAUAUAAACGAAUAUUAUUUCAUCAAUUGCAUUUUAUAUUCCCAUAAACACGAUUCCAUCGUCUGACGUAAUUGAAAAUACCGCUGUUCAAACAACCGAAUUAUACGUUCAAUUAUAUAGGAAGCGUUAUUUUUCAAUGUUAAGAUGGAAAAUCCGCAAGACAUUUUGCAAUUUAUAAUUGCAUAUGAAAUUUAGAAAUUGCGGUUCAUCUGUGUAUACAAACAUUAAAGGGAAGUACUUCGCUAGGAAUGACCUGACAAAAUGUUUUGCAUAAUAAUUUAGUCCUAAAUUGAUGUUGUAUGACCAGUGUAGGUGUGUUGCGAGUCAGUUUAGAUAACUAUUAUUUAUAAAUCAAAUACAAGGUGUUACUAGAAUAUAUCAUACAUCAAUGAUGGUUUUUUUAUGAAUUGAAUUUGGAAAAUUGGUUGUGAAGACAGCUGUUGAUAUAAAUAACUCGUGUCGUUUGGUUAGACGUAUUGCUUAUUUCGGAGGACAAUAGAAUACACCCUUUCUUGAUCACCGGGGCUAAGACCUAUAUGUUGUGGAGUUACCUAUACCAAUGGGCCACCGAGAUCCUCGGAAUCUUGGAUUUAAAUAGAAAACCACUUAAAAAGAAUACCGCUUAAAUAAAAUACCGCUUAAAUAGAAUACCGCUUAAAUAAAAUACCGCUUAAAUAGAAUACCGCUUAAAUUUUCUUUUCCUCGCCCAAUCAUGGUACUCUCAAAUUGGAACCAGGUUCAUACACAAGAAACGGACUCAAGAGUUAUUCAUAUCACAAUAACUAUCUUUACACUCUGAACAGAAACGCUAUUUUCAUUUGAUGGAAAUAUUCUUUGUAUCUGAAGAAGUGACGAAAUUUAAUAUUAAAUAUGUUCUUAAACGAUUAGUUAAGUUCUAAAGAAAUGUAUACUUAAUGUAUUAACAUAGAUGGUUUCAUAAGGUCUGUAAUAACUGUGACACGUGAGUGGUUUCCGCACGUUUUUUAAUUGUGUUUUUUUCAAUUCAUUGUCAAGUUGACAUUUACUUUUGUUCACCUUUUAUGAUCACAAGAGGACAAGCUUGUUAAUCCAUAAAGUGUAUAAAAAUGUUAUGUUUCUUUUCCCAGAAUGAUUGAAUUGUAUUUUGCCUUCAGUGUGUUUAUAAUGUAAUAAUACUUUAAUCUCUACCUCUGUGUAGUCCAUCCAUAUUUCAAUGUGGUACCAUUUAUUGAUUUAUUGAGAAUGAUGUAAAUUGCGUGUGUUGUUUCAGUAUGUUGGCUUGCUAUACCUUUGAUCGCUGUGGUAAUCAUAGAUCAUAGUACGUUUAUGGUAUCUGGACUAUUCCCUGUGUCAAUUGCAUUUUAUCAAUAAUCAUACUAUUCAUUUGAUGCCUAAUUAUAUAAACAGAUACAAGGGCAUGUGUACACCAAAAAAGAGAAAGAGAUUCUGUACACUUAAAAUUUAUAUACUUAUAUUUAUUUCAAAACAAUUACUUGUUAAUUGAAUUACCCACGUUAAUAAAUAACUGUGCAGUUAUAGAAUCGCAAUCAGUAUUAAAGACAAGUUCACCUAGAAUGUUGGUUACUGUUAAUGAUGAGAUGAUAUUCAGAUGAUUAUGUUGUUGAUGAUGAUGUUUAUGAUGAUUUAAAUUAUGAUGAUGUU